UUUAGUAGCUGGGAUCAUGAGUUCUUCUAUGAAAAAUUCUAGUCUGGAAAAGAGUGAUACUGUGGCCAAGAAUGAGGAAAUUGAGUAUAAAGGAGUCAGAGCCCUACCUUACAUUAUCGGAAAUGAAGCCUUUGAGAAGCUGGGAACAAUUGGAACUCUAUGGAAUCUCUUGGUGUAUCUGACCACUGUCUUUAACAUGAACACUAUUGCUGCAACUAAUAUGGUUAACAUCUUUAGUGGUACAAGCAAUUUUGGAACCUUGGUGGGAGCUUUCUUAUGUGAUACUUAUUUUGGUCGUUACAAUAUGCUAGCCUUCUCUUCGAUAGCAUCUGUCUUGGGGAUGAUUUGUUUAAGUCUAUCUGCGGCGAUGCCUCAGUUACAUCCACCUUCCUGUGAAGCAAAAAGCAGCACGUGUAAAGGGCCAACAGCAGGGCAAUACACUUUCUUGGUAACUGGUUUUGGAUUUCUUGUCCUUGGCGCUGCUGGCAUAAGACCAUGUAACUUGGCCUUUGGUGCAGAUCAAUUUAAUCCCAAUACUGAAUCUGGGAGGAGGGGGAUUAAUAAUUUCUUUAAUUGGUAUUAUUUCACCUUUACAUUUGCGGUGAUGGUAUCCCUGACAGUAAUUGUGUACGUACAAUCUAACAUCAAUUGGGCUAUAGGAUUAGGAAUUCCUGCAUUUUUGAUGUUUUUGUCCUGUGUUGUCUUCUUCGUGGGAAAAAGAAUGUAUGUGGUGAUAAUGCCACAGGGUAGUCCCUUGACAAGUAUAGCGCAGGUCAUGGUGGCUGCAAGCAAAAAGAGGCAAUUGCAUUUACCAGAUCAGCCAUCGGAGUCUCUCUUUGAUUACAUUUCCCUGAACUCGACUAACUCAAAGCUUCCAUACACCGAUCAAUUCAAGUUUCUCAACAGAGCAGCAAUCAUAACAUCUGAAGAUCGUAUCAACAGCGAUGGCUCAGCAUCCAAUCCUUGGAAACUUUGCAGUAUUCAGCAGGUGGAAGAAAUGAAGUGUGUGGUUAGAGUGCUUCCAAUAUGGAUUGCCGGCAUCAUAUAUUACGUUGUCCUGAACCAGCUGCAGACUUUUGUAGUUUUCCAAGCGACACAAGCCGAUAGACGUGUAGGACAUGCCAACUUCAAAAUUCCAGCAGCAUCUUACCAAAUCUUUCAGAUGUUGAGCCUUACGAUAUGGAUACCCAUAUAUGACAGGAUCAUGAUUCCAUGUUUACGAAAAAUUACCAAGGAAGAAAAUGGUAUCACUAUCCUUCAAAGAAUGGGCUUUGGCAUUAUAGUUGGAAUAGCCACCAUGAUCCUAUCUGGUGCAGUGGAAGAGUGGAGGAGAAGAGUAGCUCUUACUGAGCCAACAAUAGGCGUUGCACCGAGAAAAGGCAAAAUUUCUUCCUUGAGUGCCUCUUGGUUCAUACCUCAGAUGGCCCUAUCAGGGAUUUCAGAAGGCUUUACUCUCAUUGCUCAAAUUGAAUUCUUCUACAAACAGUUCCCUGAAAACAUGAGAAGUUUUGCUGGAUCUUGCUUGUUUUGUGGUUUCGCAUCGUCUAAUUAUUUGUGCAGCUUAAUAAUAACAGUUGUCCACAAGGUGACCAAAGAUGCAUCAGGAGGAAGUUGGCUAGAUCAAGACCUCAACAAAGCAAGAUUGGAUUACUUUUACUACCUGAUCGCUGCUUUGGAGGUCAUAAACUUCGGAUACUUCAUGAUUUGUGCUACCUGGUACAAGUACAAAGGAUCACAGGCCAAGAGCAGCCAUGAGAUUGCCAUGGAAAAAACAAACACGAAAAGCAGCCCUUCCUGUACACAUGCUUCAAGUCAAGUUUGAUAUCACUGGAGGCAGGAAAAAUAGCAGCUACUUGUUCCUCCUUGUACCCCCUAAUGAUACAAGUUGGUAAACCUAGAGGGAUGGGAGGGGAAAACAAGUACGCAGAACAAGAAGAGUCAAACAUUUUGGCUCUAAAUUUCAAGAAGGCUUCUCUCAGUUUCUAUCAUAUAUCUAUCAGCUGAGGUCAUCACUUUUGGUCUUAGCUUAAAGCUUGAUUUGAACAUAAUGACCGAAAGUUCAGCUUUUAUUAGUUAAAUGACAAA